AUGUCUUGGGACGACGAGGAUUUUGACAUUCCAACCACCAGCAAAACCGCCGCUGCCACCUCCUGGGAGGACGAAGAGGAAGACCCUUUGAUGGAGUCGUGGGACGUGGACGAAGAGGCCGAGGCCAAAAAGAAGAAGGCUGAAGAAGACAAGAAGAAGGCCGAGUUGAAGAAGAAGCAGGAGGAGGCCAAGGCCAAGAAGUUGGCAGCCAAGAACGGUACCGUCAAGCUUAUGGAGAUUGACACCUUGGACGAAGCCACCAGAAGAGAGUUGUUGAGAAAGGCCGAGUUGAAUGCCGACUUGAAUAACGCCGCCGACUUGUUUGGAGGUUUGGGAGUGGCAGGCGAUAGCUUGGAUGACAUAAAUGCACACCCCAGAGAGAAGUUGGCCAAGACUACUGCCCCAAAGCCAGCUUUCAACAAGGACACACCAAUUACUGACCAUCCAUUGUUCCAACCAUCCAACAAACAGGAGUACGAGAAGUUGAGAAAGACGUUGGGACCAGCUUUGACUGAAUUGGCAGACAACUCCCUGUUACUCUAUGCCUCGAGUUUGGCCAUCGACUUGAUCAGAGAUCUUGUGGGGCCAUUGAGUGUUGAGAACUUGAGAAAGGUCAACUCUACUUUGGCUGUGGUGCUCAAGGAUAAGGAAAGACAAGAGAGACAGGCCAGAUUGCUGAAGUCUGGAGGCACUGCUACCGGAGGUGCUGGUAAGAAGAAGGCCAAGCCUUUGGUGAAGACCAACGUGAACAACUCGUUCAAGAAGGAUGCCUUUGACGACAUGGAAGCCAACUACGACGACUUCGGCGACGACGACUUUAUGUAA